AUGGCGACAGAAUUUCCGACAGAAGACACACAGGGAGUAGAGAAUGGAGAUACACAAGGCUCUGCGACCACGUCCGAGGGCAACAGAGCUCGCAAGAAGGGCAGGGCCUGCAUUCCGUGCCACGAACGCAAGCUCAAGUGCAACGCCUCGGGACUAGGAAGUCCCUGCACUCGAUGCAUCACCAGCGGCCGAGCAGAUAUCUGUAUACCUUUCCCAGAGAGACCACGAUGCGUCAAACGAAGAAAGACAGCGAAUACGUCGUACGCGAGUGUGCCAGAUGUUUUGGGAGAAACCCAACUUCAGGGCUCUGAUCACAUAGGCACGUCGCUGGUCGAAAUCAAUCCCUUGUUGGAUGACCCUCGUAAUAUAUCGAACUUGAAUGACAAUCCUCCAGCGAACGAGCACAACUCUGGAACAAAAGCCUCUGAUGGGACGGACGAGUCUUGCGUAGCAGUCGAGGAGGAAGACGCGCACCUGCAAAUGUACUUGGAGAUGUCCAAGUGGCCGUUCGACGGGGCAUCACCCACGAAAUUGUCGCACCCGGAAAGCGGCAGGGAAGUCAUCGAGCUUUUGGAAGGCGAAGAUUCGAUUGCGAUAUUGGGCGAGGCCCUCGGACGCAAGCAGCGCGGGAGACUCGUGCGCAUCGUCCUCAAAGAUCCCCAUCGCCCGGGGGAUCCAUCUCGGAGCCACCCUCAGAUGGACGCGGUCGACUACGAAUAUUUACAACGAAAAGGCGCCUUUAGGAUGCCGCCCCGUGAGGCACGUGAUAAGAUGAUUCGUUUGUAUUUCGAGCGCGUCUAUCCCUAUACACCCGUACUGGACCGAGAAGAGUUCAUACAGGAGUACAGAGCGGAUCAGUGCUCGCCCUUUGUGCUCUCGGCGAUGCUGGCCAAUGUGGUUCCCUAUAUGUCGCUGGAGCUCUUACUCGAAGCUGGCUUCUCAGACCGCCUGGCCGCGCAAAAGUCAUUCUAUUCCAAGGCGCAAUUGCUCUACGACUUUUGCGCCGAGAGGAGGCCGCUCCGGCUCCUCCAGGGUUCCCUGAUCCUGAGCUCCCUGAGUCCGUCCUUCUCGCCAGACCGGGACUUUCGCUACUGGCUGACAAACUCGGUGCGGUUGGCGAUCCAGAUGGGAUUCCACCGCGAACACGUCCUCAAGAACUUGGGCCCGGGCACGGCGAAGCUGUUUCGUCGAAUCUGGUGGACGCUGUACAACCGAGACGUCCUCUUGAAUGUGUCGGGUCACUAUACCGUCAGGAGGAUUCGCGACUGCGACUUUGACACAAAAAGUCUCACCGAAGACGACUGGGAACCACCGACGGCGGAGCCCCUGGACGAUCUGAUCCCCCCGAUUCCUCGUAUACAAAAGCUCUAUUUCCUCGAGGCGUGCAAAUUGUCAAUCAUAUUUUGUACGGGACUAGGCGGACAAUUUAUCCAGACAUUCCGCACAGCAGGAGUAACGCCGUCAGAAGAGGACUGUCUGAGGGUGGGAAAUGCGCUCACAAGCUGGCGGUGUGCACUGCCAGUCGAGUUUCACCUGGAGGGCGUUGGCCAAUGGACGGCUCAAAACAUAUGGAUCCUGUUGAUCAUUGCGUUGAGCUAUCGACUGGAAUGCAUUCUUUGCCGUGCUCUUCGGCAGCGGUAUCAAUCAUUCAACGACCACGAGAAGGCCCAAGAAGCCGCGCAAAAGCAGGAGAAUGCCUUGUUCGAGGUGGAUACGGUCAUUGAACGGGUUCUCCAGAACGGAAUCGCGCACCUGUUUCCCCUGUCGCUAACGACCUGUGUCUCUGCGGUGCUGGCAUUGCACAUUGAAAGCGCCCUCCAGCCAAACAUUUCCCCCGGGCAAAAGUUUGUGACUCGGGCUCGGAUCCACACGGGAUUGACAUACAUGCGCGAGACGUGUGAGUACUGGGGUGCGCUGAAGUGGACGCUGCGCAUGUUGGAAGUCAUCGUCGAGCAAACCGGGCUGUCUGCGACCCCGACCGCGAAACCCGUCGCCGAUGCCGACGGUUCCAACACGACCGAUCCUCCCCGAAGUCCACAGUUCUCCAUCUCGUUCAGCGAGGUUGACGACACGCUGAACCUGGGCGUGGAUGACCUGUGGGGUCCCCUGAUGCGCCGGGACGAUGACUGGGUCCAGGAUUUCCUGGGCUCGAACCUCCUGAGGCCGGACACGGAUUUCGACCUGUGA